UCGUGGGUCAGUCCGCCGGUAUUGACAGCACUUCUUUACACUCUCUCCUGCCGUGGAUUAUCUGCCUUGUAUUUUUUUGGGAGUGUAACGAUGGCACAUUUGAGAGCAAAAGGGAUUCCCACUGGGAAAAGUCCCGGAGUGUGUCCUGGAACAGAGUGAGAAGAGGAGGAGGGGAGAGAGCAGAAGUUUUUUCCCCUCAUCUUUGCCUCUGCAGGCGUUUCUUCUGUGGGAGAAUGGGGGCAGGAGCUCUGACCAUCUGUCACAACAAGACAGCGGUGCAGGUUAAAGAAGACAUGAAGAAGAUGGUCCAGAUACCCAUACUGCGACCCAUGACAGUGACAGCCAAGUACACCAAGCUGUUUGGAGCGUCCCUGUCUGAGCUGCAGGAGAAGGGUCUGGUGGAGGAUGGUGUGCCUCUGGUGUUGAGGAGGAUGGUUGAGCAUCUCCGUAAGCACGCCUUGCAUCAGGAGGGUCUGUUCAGAGUGAAUGGCAAUGUGCGUGCCGUGGAAACCCUGAAACAGCGGCUGGAGAGUGGAGAGGAUGUGGACCUUCUCUCUGAAUCUGAUUCAUGUACGGUGGCCAGCUUGCUCAAACGGUACCUAAGGGACCUGCCAAGGGGUCUGGUAGACCCAACAGUCCAACAGGCGCUGAUACAGCAUUAUCAAGAGUGCGGUGAUGAUGUGUCUCGGUCAGAUAUGAGAGACCUGCUCCAGCAGCUUCCAGACGUCCACCACAGCCUCCUCCGCUACCUCUGCCACUUCCUCACCCUUGUGGAGUCCAACCACAAAGAAAACCGUAUGACCGCCCUCAACCUCGCCACUGUGUUUGGACCCAGUGUCUUCCACGUGGCCCCGGGUUUCGAAGCAAUGAAGGACCAACAUAUCUGUAACAAGAUAAUGGUCAAGUUCAUCCAGAACUACAGCAAUAUAUUCGAGAUCGCCAGAGACGGAGAAGGCUGCACAGAAGAACUGUCAACUCUUAUUAUUGUCAAGGAGGUGCACAUGACAGAUGCAGACGCAAAGAAGUCACCAAGUCACCUCAAAGCAACCCAACCGACACCGCUUCCCAGAACGAAGGGAGGACAAAAAAAACCACCAGAAAAUGCAGAACUUCUGAACAAAUCCUCCACUAACGCUCCUAAGGCGAGGCAGAGGAAAAAGAAGGUGAGGAAAGGGACGAGUGACCGCAUGACUCUAGUUAUCCCUGACCCAAGCCGCUCUGCGGGGUCGCCACAUGCAAGGUCCCUCUCCAUACCAAUAAUUUUGCCACUGACCUCAGAGCUAAGACACCCCAGUCCAGAGCCAAUGGAGACAGCUCGCCAAGAAGCCCCAGACACUUCCUCGCCACUCAGCCACCUCGAUGUCAGCCCCUCUGGCGACAUGGAGGCCAUCAGCAGCUCCCAAGAACAAGAUAGGCCAAUAUCUCCUUUCUACAUGAGUAACCACCUCUCUCCUGUCCACUUCAGACCAGAUGUUGGAAAUUUUCUGGACAGGACGAUUCGUUCAGCGGUGGAGCAGCACCUCUUCGAUGGAAACCCUUUAGGGGAUCAAAGUUCAAAGGACUGUGAGUUAACCCCACGUCCACCAUCUCCAAGGCCGACGCCAUCUGCCCGACAGAGACGUCGACACCAGAGAGAGCAACAGGAGGAGGCGCUGAGACACAAAGAAAGAAGCAGGGCUUCGUCCGUCCAAGCUGACACCAACAAGGAGAACAUCCCAUUGAGCAGUGGGAGCAGCUCGGGCAGCGUGGGGGAGGACUCUGGCAGCAGCAGCAGCGGCGUGGACUCACAGGGAGACCAGAGUGGUCACGCCGAGCGAACCCCCAAAACCAAUAAGUGGAAACACAGCCCGACACUGGUGCAGCUCACAGAUAACCAGGGCGCCCACACAUUCAAGGAAUGUGUUGGUGAGAGACCCGAAGCGAACCACAUGGAGACAUUUGAGAAUGACAUUUCAAGAAAAGAUGGCAUUCCUUCUCCUGAACGGACGUUCAGGAUGAAGAUCCAGGAGUCGCCCGUCACUUGUGACACGGGGAGGGCCGGCGGAGAGGUGCGAGGCUCGGACCCGGACCGCGAGAGCUGCGAGGACGUGCCUCGGCUGGACCUGACAGCGCUCACCGAGGAAAACAACUGGGGAGAGCCGAUCCCAGCGCACUCGCAAAUGCAGAGGGAGAGCAUGGACCGUGAGGAAGCCCGACUGUCUCCUCACGCUGGGGGGCGCCUGAUCCGCCAGCUCCUGGAAGAGGACAGCGACCCGAUGCUGUCACCUCGCUUCUAUGCCCACGGACAGUGCCAGCAGUACCUGGACGACACUGAAGUGCCUCCCUCGCCGCCCAACACACACUCGUUUGCCAGUCGCAGACGGAGUUCGUCUCUUGGCUCCUGCGACGAUGAGAAAGAGGAGUUGACGUCCGCUCAGCUCACAAAGAGGAUCCAUGUGCUGAGGAAGAAGAUCCACAGGUUUGAGGAGAGGUUUGAAGAGGAGCGUAAAUACAGGCCCUCCCACAGUGAUAAAGCUGGAAACCCAGAGGUUAUGAGAUGGGUCAAUGAACUGUCUAAGCUUCGUAAGGAGCUAAAAGAAAGCAAGCUGAUGAAGUCGGAGGAAGACCUGCCGCCUCUGACCCGCCAGCGCAGCAACACGCUGCCCAAAAGCUUCGGCUCUCAGCUGGAGAAGAAACCCCAGCAGGAGAAAGUGCCGAAGCCUCCGGUGGAAAGCAGCCUGGAGACGAUUUUGAAGAAGCUGCAGGAGAAGAGAGAGGAAGUGAGCCGUCCAGAGGACAUCAAGGAUAUGACACGGGAGCAGAUCGGAGCGGAGAAAGUCGCCCUUCAGAAAGCUCUUCUCUACUACGAGGGCAUACACGGUCGACCAGUCACCAAGAGCGAGAGGCAAAUCAUGAAGCCCCUGUACGACAGAUAUCGUCUGGUGAAGCAGAUCCUGUGCAGAGCCUCGACCAUCCCCGUCAUUGGCUCUCCUUCCAGCAAGCGCAGAGGUCCCCUCCUUCAGCCCAUUAUCGAGGGCGAAACCGCACUCUUCUUCGAUGAUAUCAAGGAGGAGGAGGACGGCUCAGAGGACGAGGGAGACUCAAAGACGCAGUUCACCAUGACCGUCCGACCGGAGCUUAGCGUGCUCGGCUUCCUGGACCACAUGGAUGAGGAAGGGGACGGUUUCAUUUCACCUGUGGACGAACUAUCAGCCUCUAAGAGCAUGACGGACAUGAGGCUGUCCAACCUGCACUCCGCCACCAUGCAGGAACUCGUGGAGCAACUCCAAGAGACCCGAGAGGAGAAGAAGAGACUCCGCAAGAACCUGAAAGAGUUUGAGGACCAGUUCUUCAGACAAAACGGAAGAAAUGUGCAGAAGGAGGACCGCUCCCCUUUGGCAGACGAGUACAACGAAUACAAGCAUGUUAAAGCCAAACUGCGGCUGCUGGAAGUCCUCAUCAGCAAAAGAGACUCGACUAAGUUAAUCUGAGACAACAACAUAAAAAGACUCUAAAAGGACUUCAGAGAGACAAUCAAACACAUCUCACCCUGAAAAUAUCUGAUUUUCCCGCUGCCAUCUGUGCAGCUCGUGUUUCUGGCUCAGGGGAAACUGUUCGCCUGUUAAUCCGUUCUGUGGAGCUCAGCUGGGUUUUCCCUCCGGACCCCGCAGAGAGUCGCCGACUCGUGACGGAUUCAAAGCGUCACAAAGUCACCUGCUUCACCUGAGAAGUUCCCUUCCAACAAACACCUCACCUUGAUAAGACGACGUUUCUCGAGACGCACGCAAAUAUAGUGAAUCACACUUUUACUGCUCAUAAUUUAUUUCUAUCCUUUUGAAUGUUUUUAUUGGAAUGGAAAUCAGUUAUUUUUCUGACGCUUUGCUGUAGAAGUCUUAAAGAAAAACCGUGUAAGUAAAAUAAUAGAUAUGAAAUUAUUGCUAUUUUGAAAGAAGGAUUUUUGCGAUCAAGAUGUAUGUGUAUUUUUGUAAGGGAGACUUUAGUAUUUGUUUAACUUCAAUCAGCUUAAGAGUAUUCAGUAAAUUAAUAGCUUUCUCUUAUUUCCGUUCUGACCAUAUAUCUGAAAUAAUUUUAAAUCGAGUAUUUGCUCACUAAAAGAAGUGUUUUUUAAUUUCAAUACAACCCAAAGACAGUGACUCAGAGUACAAACUACAAACCAAAAUAGUUCAUACUCAAUAAAACACCUACUUUUACUUACUUAUAAAUAAUUUUUGUGAUCACUGGUACCUACUUAGGCAUUUGACUGUAUAUUUUAUAUAUUGACAUGUUUUUCCCCCCAUUUACUUCCUGUCAAAUAAGCUAUUUCUUGUCUUGAAAUCACUGUUAUGUUUUUGCUCACAUUGAUAGACAUAGACAAACGUUUGUGAGGCGACUCUGGAGGACAGCUAAAAGCUGUUUUUUUACAGCGGUGUGUGUUUCCUUCUCGUCCUCUUCAGAGCGUGUUUGGUUCUUUUGUAAAUAUGGAUCACUUGUGUAUGUUUACAUUUCUGUGAGCGAGUACAUUUUUCCUUUCCUUCUCCAAAAUGGAUGAUUUAUCAGUGUGAAUUUCGUUUUUACUGAAUGUAAACACUGGCAAGGCUUAAAUGAAUUUUGAGUGUGUACAUUUUAGUACAUAAAUUGUAUUUGUAUUUUGUAUAUGUGAAUGAAAUCAUAUUUUUAAAGAGUUUUUGGGCGGUGUGGAUUUCUUUCGAGUGUCUCCGUUGAUGUGGAGAUGUUUAGGUGAAAAAAAUUAAUGUGCAGUAAAUAACCAUUUUAGUGCUGCAAAUAACAAUUACUUUCAUUUAUUCAUCUGCCAAUUAUUUUCUUGAUUAACCAACCUUUAGUUUGUUUUAUAAAGUAAGGAAAUAGUGAAAAAUGGCAAAGAGCCAAAAGUAUUUAGUUUACAAUUAUAUAAGACAGAGAAAAGCAGGAACUCAUUAGAGAGGUUUACAUUUUGUUUGAAAAAUUAUUUAAACAAUCAAUU